CAAAAUGAAGUUUUUAAUGCUCUUGUCCACGUGUUUGGCGGCCGCGACCGCUCAGUACAACGUCGGGGGUGGCUUUGCCAACAGCAUCGCCAACUCGUACGCCGGAGCGUCAUCCGGCGCCAGCACGGGCUUUGGUCCGUCGCAAGUCACCAUCGAAGAGUCGCGUCCGCUUUUCACCCACAACGUGAAGGUUGCUGGCGGGAGUCCGGACUUGGAUAUUUUGAACAAUGCACCAAUAUUUAAAUCUGCAUCCUAUGCCAACGCUGGAGCUUCUGCAGGAGCCUCUGCAAGUAGUGGUGCAGGAGCAGGCGGUGCGGGAAGUCUCAUGCGUAUGCCGGGGCCGGUGCUUACGUUGGAUCCAGAAGCAAUGUAGACUUUUUCCAGUUGCCAGGGGUGAGUAUAUCGGUGUAUUAGAAGUAUAAGUAUGUAUUUAUUUUAACCCCCGGUUUUACGGGCGAAUUUUUCUUUUUUUUUCUUGUUAAAUAAGAUAAUUUCAUGAAGAUCUGUACAGCAAAAACAUGCAAAAGUUGAUCCUCUAAGAUCCUAAUCCCGCCUAUAGACAGGCUAGAAUUCAUCAAAAAUCAAUUACUAAACCAUGCUUUAAUCAUGGAUAGACAAACUCAGAAAUUUUUAGGAAAUUUUAAGUUUUAUGAUUUAUUGAUUAUUUCUUGUGACUUUGCCAAUGUUUUUUUAAAAGUACUUUUUGGGGUCAGCUUUGGCUGUGUUUUCCCCCAAAAUUUGUUGCGAUUUUAAAGCUAAUGAUUUGAGUUUAUAUCGAAAAAUGUUAGAAAAAAAAAAACAAACAAAAACGAAAAAGUGAAAUUAUAAAAAAAAAAAACGAAGGAUAAGGGGGGAAAGCAACCAAGGAAGUUGUUGUCUUCUUAUUCCAAAUUUGUCAGACUUACGGACCCAAUCCUGCAAGAAUCUGAUUGUAAAAAUAGUCAAACUUUGUUGUAAAUAACUUUGAAGACAGUAAUUUAGGGGAUGAAUAAAAAAUCAUAUCGAUAGUUCCCGUAGUUUUGAAAAAAAAAAAACUAAAAUGUCUGUAACAGAAAUCUUGGUGCAAAAGCUAUGAUUGAUGUGAACCGUUAAAGGAUGAUCUAAAAAAUAUUUUAAAACACACAAAAAGUACAAAGAGUAAACGAGAUAAAUGCAUUAAAAAACACAAAAGGCAAAUGAAGAAAAACAUAAAACAAGAUAACGUCAUGAUUCGAAAUCCGGACACUUAGUAGCAUAUCAUAAUUGUUAUAGCUGGCAAAAAAACAUGUAAUAAGUUUGAAAUGUAGAAAUAUCAUCAGGACGUAGUAUAAACAGUCAGUUUCAAGAAAAUGCAUACAAAAUAUGUCUUUUCUAACAAUUUUUCAUCAGAAUUUUAAAAUUUAAAUGACUUGUUGUGCUUCGAAUCCCGGACACUGAUAAAAGCUGAUUCGAAAUCCGGACACUUUUGCUUCGAAUUCCGGACACUCGAUUUUACUUAUGAAUCGCACAAAUUAGGACUGAAAUGUUAGUGAAUGGCAUUCUUAAGGUCUCAAAUAAGCUGUUAACAUUAAAACAAUCGAUAUUUUAUAUAAAAAUUUGCUAGAAUUAAAGGAAAUCGAAACCAAAAAUUUCUGCUUUGCCUUCCCAGUGCAUCGAACGCCUAUGAAAUAUUUCAAGUGAAAUGUUUCGAUUUUUUGGUAAACUUAUAAUUUUAUUGUAUUUAAUUGUUUUGGCAUUAACUACAGCGUUCAAACAAACUUUAAAUGAAAAUUGAUGUUGGAAUUCAUCAAAUAACACAGUUUUGACAUUCAUAAUGCGAACUUAUAUCCAAAUAAUUGAUAAAACAAGAUGAAGUGUCCGGGUUUCGAAGCGUCCGGGAAUUCGAAUCAUGACGUUAAUUAAUGUUUUCCGAAGUUACUCAAAACGACCCCCUAAACACAAAAAAAAAUCAAAACUAUCAAAAAAAUAAAUAUUUUUUUGGCCUGUACAAAUUUUAAAAUUGUUAAAAUUUUCUCAGGAGAUUCCGAGGCUCAAACAAUUAUACACGUACCUAUUUAUUUAAUUUAAUCUUUAGGGUGGUUCAAGUUAGGUAUUUUUGUGUCACCCGCUGAUCCAUUUUGAAUGAUCAUGUAAAAUGGCUCUUUGGGCUAUUACAGGUAAUGUGAUUUUAUGAAUUUUAAAAUUAUAGUUUAGCUAACAUUUUUGGUUUAAGUUAAUAUGAGACGAAUGAUUUAUCCAUACUUUGAUCAUGAAAAUACGAAACAGAUAUUUUAUUGAAAACUGAUUGAAAACAGUAAAUUUAAGCAAACGUUCAAAUUUUACUAAUGUGGAAAACUAAAAGACAGCAAAAUCAUAGCAGCAAUUCUCUACGAAAUCAUUCUUUUUUUAAAUUUAAAUUUUUGUAUAUUUUUAUCUGGCUGAAACUUUUUUGGUGCUUCGGUAUGCCCAAAGAAGCCAUUUUGCAUCAUUAGUUUGUCCAUAUAAUUUUCCAUACACAUUUGGCAGCUGUCCAUACAAAAAUCUGUAUCUUUUGAAGGAUUUUUUUGAUCGAUUUGGUGUCAUUGGCAAAGUUGUAGGUAUGGAUAAGAACUACACUGAAAAAAUAUGAUACACGGCAAAAAAAAAAUUGGUGAUUUUAAAUUUCACUUUUUGUCAAUAAAACUUGAUUUGCAAAAAAAAUCAAAUUAUUCGCUCUACAGCAUUUGGUGUCCGAAGGAUUGAUUGUUGAGGCAAUUGCAAACCUCUUUUUACACCUAAGCUUCCAAAAUAAACACUAUUUUUAAUUUUUUUGAUAUGUUUUAGGGGACAUAAAAUGCCAACUUUUCAGAAAUUUCGAUGCAAAAUCAAAUUUUCAAUCAAAAAGUACUUUAGUGAAAUUUUGAUAAAGUGCACCGUUUUCAAGUUAAAGCCAUUAUUACGUAACUUUUUUUUUAAAUAGUAUGUAACAGUUUUUAUUUUUUUAAAUUAGUGCACAUGUUUGUCCACUCUUGAAAAAAAUAUUUUUGAAAAGCUGAGAAAAUUCUCUAAUUUUGUUGAUACGACUCUUAGUUGGUGAGAUAUUGCC